CCAAAACCUUCUCUCUUCCCAUCUGGCCCUCUCGAGAUUCCUGUAUCCAUUAAACCCGUCUUGCUUAACUCUGUUCGGCGCGCACGGGUUGUCGGCCAUGGUAAACGUGGACGAAAGCCUGGCCGUCCACGGUCUGUAAACAGGAUUGGUACUGGCAGCUACUUUAGUGGGAGCUGCGGUACUAUCAUCAACGGCCCUCUGGUCUACCCGGCUGGUAUGCCCAUCAAGACCUGCUGCAGUGAGCCGGCUGUUACUGUCCUAGCGACAGCCAACACUCCUACGGCGGCCGUUCAAACAACCUAUGCCUUGCUUGAUCCGUUGACUGGUCUUCUGACUCACCACCCAACUACCAGACUCUCGGAGCGUUCGAACCUUCUGCCUUCCAGUGAGGUUUGUCUCUCUGGUGAAGCCUCUUUCGAUCCGACCGGACAGCUAUCCAGUGGCAGCACACAGCCUCCCCCACAGACACAGCAUGUUCUACAUGUGGCAGCCGCCUAUGCCACUCAACUAAAUCACAGCGAUUUGGCUUCGGCUGGGCUAACCGCAAAGACAGCCAGUGCCGCUUUGGCGAGUCCGCCACGGCCUGUCUACAUACAGCCGAGUGCAAUCGCCCUGACAGCGCUCCCAGCUCAGCUUACCCAACAACGCUAG